AUGGACUUCACGCGUCUGAUUCUGGAUCAGCCCGGACAGCUGCGCAGAAUUGGGAUGGGACACUGCGGCUCAGUAUGGGCCAACGACGAGCAGAGCAGUGCCAGCGCAGGAACGACCUUUGUCAUCAAGAGAGAAGACUGUGGUCCCGGCCGAUCUAUCAAGAAAGAAUUCGACAUGCACAAGAUCAUCAUGGCUGCGCAACAUGCUCACCGUAGCCCUGCUACUAUCUUCGUGCCCCAGAAUCGGGGCUUCCUCGCAACAUCAGAUCCCCGAUGGACCAACAUCUUGCCACGGCUGCCAAACAAUUUUGAGCCCUGCAACGCCAUUAUUAAUGAAAGGAUUCCCGCACUUGGAGUCACGGGCCGUACCACACUUGUCCACCGAUUUUGCCCCAACACACAGGGACUCCAAGAUUGGGUCCUCAAGGACGUCAACAACAGUGAUUGUCUCGCACGCGUCUAUCUCGGCUCGCGUAGACAACAAAGACCCAAAGAUGGUCCUCCGCUCCGGUUCUUCAAACUCCGCGACAUUCCACUACACUUGGACCAAUUUUCAGAACUAGACGUCGACCCGAUCCCUUACGCCAGGGCAAUGGCCGAGGGUUUGGCCUUCCUGUGGUUCCAGGCCAGAGUCGACGCGAACGACGUCGAGUUCGUGCUGGCAAGCCCUCCAGCUGCAAACCAAGUAGAUAACAACGAUAACGCGAUAUUCGAGUCCAAGACACUUGGCCGACACGCAAUGUGGGUGCUCGACUUUGACUGCUGCAACCCACUCUCCAUGGAUAAUGACGGUGUCGAGGCUGCUGCCAGAUGUUUCUGGCGCAAUGACCCGUAUUAUCCCCGACCACCUCUGCAGACCGACAACGCAGCCAAAGACGCUUCCUCACGCUCGCUGCUCGAGGACGAACAGCGGACCGAACCAGCCAAAGAUGGCUCCACGACUCUCGAGGACGCACUAUGGACAGAAUUCUCCAGAGCUUUUCUGGCAGCCGGCGAGAAGAUUUUGAUGGAAGACGAUGAUUUGCGGGACCUGCCAAAACUGGUCCUCGACAGGAUCAACGCCACACGGGGGCUUUAUGACAAGACGCCUUGCGUCUUCUAGAAGGCGGAGAUUGGGACACUAGUAUAGGUUAUACCGCCGAGCAGUUUUAUCCAGUCGUUACAUGAAUUCACA